AUGGAAUGGCACACCCCAGCGGAAGAGCUACCAGACAGCAAAUCGGACAAAAAUUCGUUUGGCCAGGAAUUAAUAAAGACAUCACUCAUUGGGCACGUACCUGUCUUCAAUGUCAGCGCAGCAAAAUUCAACGAUAUAUCAGAAAUUUACCCAAAAAGAUUCCGACGCCAGACCAGCGUUUCCAUCAAGUCCACCUGGAUCUCAUUGGCCCUCUGCCAGAGAUGGCCGGAAGUCAUUCCACUCCCCAACAUUACCGCACAAACCGUUGCAGCAGCAUUCAUGGACGGUUGGGUAUCACAUUUUGGCACGCCUGCCGUCAUCACCACCGAUCAAGGCAAACAAUUUGAGGUUAGCCUUUUCCAAGCACUCUCGAAAUUCCUGGGCAGUAAGCAGACCAGAACGUCUCCUUAUCACCCAGCGUCAAAUGGCAUAAUCGAGAGAUGGCACCGCACUCUUAAAACCUCUAUAACCUGCCAUGAAGAUGGAAGACAAUGGCUCGACCUUCUGCCUAUAGUACUUCUGGGCCUACGCACAUGCCUUAAAGAGGAUCUUAAAUGCUCUCCAGCAGAACUAAUCUACGGCGCGCCACUGAGAGUACCUGGAGAAUUUCUAGAAAACAGAGACCCUACAGAAGACACAAAGACCUUCAUCAUAGCGCUUCGCAAACGCAUUCAGCAACUCAGUCCACAACCUACCCACCACCAUGGAAAACGAACAACCUUCCGUCAACAGCAAUUAGAGCAGGCCACACAUGUUUCUGUUAGAGAAGAUGGCGUCCGGAAAUCACUCCAACAUCCUUACAUCGGACCACAUGAAGUAGUGCGCAGAGAGAACGAACACGUAUAUGUCAUUCACAUAAAUGGCAGAGACGUAGCCUUAUCAACUGAAAGACUGAAGCCCGCCUUUCUACCUAACGCAGAAGUUGCACCGGAAUCACCCGAGGAAGGAACAAUAAAAGGCAUGGCUGUGGAACACAAUGCUCCAAGAAAAAUACAUGUUAAACCGAAGAAAGUGCAAUUCGCGCCUAUUCGCCCAUAG